AUGCAGCUAACCUGGGUGGCCCUGAUGCUCUGGGGCCUGAGCGCCCUCGGGAGCUGGGGCUGCCUGCAGUGCGACCCCUCGGUGCGCGCGACCCUGGCCGAGCUGCGCGCCGUGCUCGUGCCCGCGCACUUCUCCCUGCCGCGGCUGCAGGCGCGCGCCCAGGCCCUGCUGCUGGGCAUGGGGGGGCCGUUCUUCCGUGACUACGCGCUGGGCGCCUUCGUGGGCGCGGCGGAGGUGCAGCACCUGGAAGGCGUGGCGACCUUUCUCAAGAACCAAACGCAGUACUUGCUGGCGAGCUCUCUGACAGAUGGGCCUCUGCUGGAAGAGCUGGUGAGCUUCAGGGAGGAUGUGACCAAGGAGUUGAAGAAAGCCUUAAGAUCCUAUGAAUUAAAAGCCUGCGAUCUCAGGACUUGCCACCUGCUCAGAGAGGAAGUCGUCUUGGACUGCUUGAACUGCCAGAAAACCAGUCCCAGAUGUAUCAGACAGGAGUACUGCUUCGUGGACAAGCAGCCACGCGUGAUCCUGGAUUUCGGGGUGAUCAGCAGAUACCUGAAGGCCCAGCCCCUGGUGGGCAUCGUCAUGGCCGUGUUUCUGGCUGUCUUUUUCUUCUUGGUCGUCCUGAUCGCGGCUUAUACAUACAGGCAAAAUCGAAAACUCCUGCUGCGGUAGGGUUGUGACUUUGGAAUUUGUAAGGGGAAAAG